AUGAGGUGGGUGGAGUGCGUGUGGUCAACAUUAAAUUUUCAGGCUUGGCUUGCGGUAAUACUAGAUAAGGUGGCAGGAACAGUCUGGACCACACCUGAGCAAAAGGACUUCCUAGAGACGUACUACAGCAGGUUUCUGUUAGUGCAGCUACAGGCCAAAGUUUCCCAGUACUGGGAUCCAAUAUACCUUGAAUGGUUCAAAAGAUGGCCUGAAGAGGAUGUAGUGUUUAAAAAUACUCCUGCCAGCGAUUCCCGUACAGAUGAGGAGAAUAAAGUUCUGGGGGCAGCACUUCAGAAGCGGAGACAGAAAAUGUUAACCAACAAAGCCAAAGGAACUAGGGUUGAUACCCCUGCCGAGAUCUUUUCGACCAUUGCCUAUAAGGAGGAAGUACAAGAGCAGGUUCAAGAUGCCAUUAAGUCUGGCAAGCUUGUGACUAAACAGGAAAAGUUGUCUGCUGUUCAAAAACUUACAUGCGAAGCAUAUGAAGCCGCACCACCAGAAGUCCAAGCCUCGUGUGAGGAGAAGGUCCGAGAAGAGCACAAAGCGAAAGCUGCCUUUAAUGUGCAAAAUGAAAAAUCCGCGCCUACCAAUAAACAGUAUGCAACGGCUCUCCAGGAGUGUACUGCUCCCAUUGUGCAGUUCUUGCAAGUCAUCAAGGACAUGACGGGGUGGGAAUGGACUGUUAUUGGUGCUGGGCCUGACCCUCAUCUUGGUGGCCAGCUAAAUGCAAUGAGUUACCAUACAGGAGUGAACGGAGAUGGACUCAAUUGGAAGCAAGCUACCCCAAAAUUUGUCGAGAAGCAUCUCAAUCCAUAUAUGGAAUUUGUUGGAACGCUGUUUCAUGAGUAA